UCCUUAAAUUCCUUCUCAGCUGAGGUUGGUAAGUGCCUCAAAAUUGCAAUCACAUCGUCAUCGUCCAGUGCAUCUGUCUCAGAGGGAAUAGUAGCGUUGUCGAAUAUCCGGAUACUCGGAAAUUCGGAUUUCUUCAAAAUCAUCAUCCGGAUAUCCGGAUGCAUCCGGAUUGUCGUUAUCAUUCCGAGUUUUCUCUUACGAAUAUUACGAAUGAAGUGAUAAGCGAUUUUUAAAUUUUGAAAAAAUUCAUUCUGUGGAUUUUUCACAACCUUAUCUUUUGUAUUUGGCAUAUCCGAGUGCAAUCCGGGUAUCCGGAUACACUUUGGAUCCGGAUUAAUAAUUCGUUUAUACUUUAUAUCCGGAUGCAUCCGAAUAUUCGACAUCGCUAGGGAAUAGCCUAUUCUAGCCAUGAAGACAGUUUGCAUGAAGGAUUGAAGGAAUUUAUUUUGAAAGGAUCAUCACUUCAUCAGAGAGAGAGGCAGAGGAUGCUGACAGUCAGCGAUCCUAUCAGACAAAUUCAUCACUCGUUCUGCCAUCGAUGUAUUCCCACAAGGCUCUACGUUUCGCCAAAAACCACGUGCAAAUAUUCCGCAGUAUUGAUUAUUUUUUCAAUGGCGGCGUCUGGCACAAGAUUAGAAAGUGGUAGUGGAAGAGCAAAGCGUGUGUAAGUUUAAAUGAUGACCUCGUGUCGAUGAAAAUUACACAUUCGACGUUCAACUAAGCGAGCUGAGAUUAAUUAGUGCUGUCAGAAAGUUCACCGUAGCUAUGAAUGUUCGAGAGAGAUUCGUGUCUUAUUAACCCAAUGCUUGUGACAUCAGCGGCACGCAAGGCUUUCUCGAUUACAUACAAGAAUAUUUAUCCAUUUAAGGUUGUUCGUGUAAAUUGUGCCAAUUUCACUGUGAGAAAUUUUGCCAAAAUGACCGAUGUCGAUAAAAAAGAAGAUUUGAAGAAACGAUUGACUCCGUUGCAGUAUCACGUUACGCAAGAAAAAGGAACAGAAAGACCGUACAGCGGAAAAUACUUGAAAACUUCCGAUAAAGGUGUUUACAGCUGCGUGGUUUGCAAUUUGCCAUUAUUUUCAUCGGAUACGAAAUACGAUUCGAGUUGCGGCUGGCCUGCUUUUAACGAAGUACUCGAUCAAGGCAAAAUUAAACUCACCAAAGAUACUAGUCACGUUGGCGCAAAUCUAUUGUUAUUGAUCAAAAAUCCAGGUAUGAUUCGAACCGAAGUGACCUGCUCUAAUUGCGAUGCUCAUCUGGGCCACGUUUUCAACGACGGACCGGCACCAACGCGUAAACGUUUCUGUAUAAAUAGCGCCUCUUUGGAGUUCCAUCCGGCGACCGGAGCUGCUCCCGAAACUUCGUAGCUUUAAUCGUUGAAUUUUUUUCUAGUCUGAUGGAUGAAUAAAAUUACACCGAGUGUAGGCUCUAUCUCGACUCUCGACUCUCGACUGUCGAGUUUGAUUAUUAUUAUGAUGAUCGGACACGAACACUUGUUCUAGUUGAGAUGAGAGAAGAGAUAGAGAAGCGAAAACCGUGUAAUUGAGAUGUUCUUCUGGUUCGGUGUUAAGAUCAAAAUGUUAAUAAACUUGUUUAACUUCGUGUACUAUUUCGAAAGAUUUAUUAUUUAUUCUAUUUGUAAUUAAUUUACGUUUUAUUUCAUGUUUUCGAAACGGAUAAGUACGUUUUUUUUUUCGUAUUUUUGAUUUUCAAUAUUUUUAAAAUUUUUUAUUAUUAUUAUUUUUCUUUUCAAAUUUACUAUUUUUUGUCUCAGUGAGCGAUUUUUUUCUGCAUCUUGCAUUUUUUCCUCGUAAUAUUACCAUUUUUUUUGCGAUAGCUGGGCUUUUACGAGUAUAUAAUUUUUAAUCUGGUCAUUUUGUGCAAUUUUUUUCGUUGUUUUGAAUUUUUUUCUAUUUUUUUCUUCCAUAUUCGUGUACUUAACCUACGUAAAAGCAAAUUUAAUCAUUUUGUACUUAUCGAUAUUGUAAUUUUCCGCCCUAUAUUUUUCUCCAUUCUUGGUCAAUUUUUUUUAAAGCCAUAAUAUUCGUAAUUUUUGCUGACUUUUAUUUUGUAUUUUUUUGUCUGUUUUAAAUUACUGCGUGUAGUUUUUGGCUUCAUUUUUUAAAAACGUCUUAUACCUCGGUAUCAUGUGUGAUAUUAGAUGAGAAAAUGAGCACUGGUAGUAUUUUCUUACGUUGAUUUUACUUCGAAAGCUCGCCAAAGUUUUGAAAUUUGUUUUUUUUUUUUUUUUUUUUUUUUAAUUUGUCUUGUCUAUUAAAAUGAUAUUGAUUAACAUUAUCUAACUUUUACGUCGUGGUUAUAUACUCGUCUGUUUACUUCUUUUAAAAUGUAUUAUUUUACGUUUAUUUAUUAUCGAACUGAUUGUUACUUGUGUUUUUGUUGUUGAUAUUAAAAUGUGAUUUUUUUGCUGA